AUGAAGAAACUGUCAUUACCUCUCCUUCUUUUCACUCUCUUCUCUCCUUCCUUUGCCAGGGACUCCCUGACUUCAACCACGUCACUCCUCGACGGCCAAACUCUGGUCUCGACCGGUGGAAUCUUCGAGCUUGGCUUUUUCAGCCCAGGUAACUCUCCUUACAGAUACUUGGGCAUAUGGUACAAGAAAAUUCCAGUUCAAACAAUCGUAUGGAUCGCCAAUCGAGCCAGUCCUCUCACGGAUUCCACUGGAGUUCUAACGAUCCGCAAAGAUGGGAAUCUAGUCCUGCUCAACAGCAGAGCCGAAGUUCUUUGGACUACGGGCUCGAGAGUAAGUGCCAGUAGUAACCCAAUAGCACAGCUCUUGGAUUCUGGAAACUUUGUCCUUACAGCAGAAGAAAGUAGUAGUCCGGAGAGCUUUGCAUGGCAGAGCUUCGACUACCCUUCGGAUACGUUGCUGCCCGGCAUGAAGCUCGGAUGGAAUCUGAAGACGGGUCUCAACCGGUACAUCAGUUCAUGGAAGAGCUCCGAUGACCCGUCACCGGGGAGCUACUCGUUCAGAAUGGAUCCCCAUGGAUCGCCGGAAUUGUUCCUAUAUCGGGAGUCUACAAAGAUUCACGCAAGCGGGCCAUGGAAUGGGCUUCAAUUCAGCGGCAUUCCCGAGCUGAAACCUGAUGAUUUUUUCCGUUUCAGUUUCAUCUCAAACAAGGAUGAGGUCUACUACACGUAUGAGAUAAACAAGGGCUCCGUUGUUUCGAGGUUGGCGGUGACUACAUCGGGUCUGGUCCAACGUUUCGUGUGGCUCGACGCCACCCGAGCUUGGAACGUCUUCUGGUCGGAUCCGAAAGACCAGUGUGAUCAUUAUGCGGCGUGUGGUCCUUUCGGUGUCUGCAAUUCCAAUCAAUCACCUGUUUGUAGUUGCUUGGAAGGAUUCCGGCCAAAAUCACCGCAAGAGUGGAAUCUGAGAGAUGGUUCCGCUGGGUGUGUGAGGAUUACUCCUUCGGACUGCAAGGGAGAUGGAUUUGUAACGCUGAGUAAUAUGAAGUUGCCAGACACCACGAGUGCCUCCGUGGAUGAGAGCAUGAGCCUCAAUAUGUGCAGGGAAAGUUGCUUGAAGAAUUGUUCUUGCAGGGCUUAUGCUAGCGCUAACAUCGGUGGAGGGGAGAGCGGUUGUAUCAUUUGGGCCACUGAUCUGAUAGAUAUCAGGCAUUUUGUGGGCGGUGGGCAAAAUCUUCAAGUAAGGCUUGCGGCAUCAGAGCUAGCUAAAAUGAAUUCGGGGAGGAGUUCGGACGACAAGAAAGUGGUAAUUGUCUCUGUAUUGAUAUUUUCUGGGUUGCUGCUCUUGGGGAUUGGUGGCUGUUGUAUGUUGAAUGAAAAGCGUAGAACAACAUCGUCACCCUCAUUCAGUGGACGUGGACCAGCUGCCUACCUAGCAAAAGAGCAUUGUUCAGAUGAUGAAAUAAGAGCUAGCAAAGAACUAGAUCUUCCUUUCUUUGAUCUUGAGAUCAUAUUGGCUGCCACAAACAGCUUCGCAAUUGAAAGUAAAGUUGGAGAGGGUGGUUUUGGCCCUGUUUAUCAGGGCAAGCUCAACAAUGGGCAGGACAUAGCUGUGAAGAGGCUAUCUGAAAAAUCAUCACAAGGACCCGACGAAUUCAAAAACGAGGUUAUGUUGAUUGCUAAACUUCAGCACAGGAAUCUUGUCCGGCUUCUAGGUUGUUGCAUUCAUAGGGGAGAAAGGAUGCUAAUCUAUGAAUACAUGCAUAAUGGAAGUUUAGACACCUUUAUAUUUGAUGAAGGAAAGCGUUCACUGUUGAGUUGGCAAAAUCGCUUCGUCAUCAUACUAGGGAUCGCACGUGGACUUCUCUAUCUUCAUCAAGAUUCUAGAUUUAGAAUAAUACACAGGGACCUAAAAGCUGGCAAUGUCUUGCUAGAUAGAGAGAUGAACCCCAAAAUCUCAGAUUUUGGAAUGGCAAGAAUAUUUGGAGAUGAUCAGACUCAUGCACGUACACGCAAAGUGGUGGGGACAUAUGGAUAUAUGGCUCCUGAGUAUGCGAUGGAUGGCAUAUUAUCCAUAAAACUUGAUGUCUUUAGCUUCGGCGUUUUAGUAUUAGAAAUCAUCAGUGGCAAAAGAAACAGAGGAUUUUACCAAUCUGAGCAACAUUCAAACCUCAUUACGCAUGCUUGGAAGCUGUGGAAGGAAGGAAAGAGCUUCGAGUUGCUGGAUGAAUCUUUGGAGGACUUGCAUACGUCUGAAGUCCUGAGAUGCAUACAAGUGGGUCUUUUAUGUGCUCAAGCGCAACCCGGAGACAGACCAAUGAUGUCCUCAGUUAUCAUGAUGUUGGCUACUGAAAAUGCUGCACUGCCAGAACCAAAGGAACCUGGUUUCAGCACUGGGGAAGGGUCAGUUGAUAUCAAAACUUGUAUCCACAGUGCGAAUUAUUUAACAGCAACCUCGGUGCAGGCUAGAUAG